AUGGCCAUCGCGACUAUUAUAAGAAAUGAUGUGUUAAUCGUUGGUGCUAUAAUCAUUGGAUGUGCCACUAAUACCGGUAUGUUCAUUGCCGGCCGAGCAGUCAUGGGUAUUGGUGUCCAGGGUACUCUAGUCGUUGCGCCAGCCUUGUUGGCAGAGAUUGCUCACCCUCGAUACCGUGCAAGAAUCAGCGCCCUCUACAUGAGCAUCUACUACUUCGCAGCGAUCUGCUCAGCAGCUGUUUGCCGAGGCACUCUGCGCCUGGUUGGUGAAAAGGCCUGGCGAAUUCCAUGCUUCCUACAGAUUGUCGGGCCCGUCGCCACUCUCCUCAUGACUGCAACGAUCCCUGAAUCCCCAAGAUGGCUCUGGAAACAAGGCAGGCAUGAGAAAGCGCUCUCCGUUCUCGAGAAAUACCACGCAAACGGAAGUACCGAGGACCUAUUGGUAGCAUACGAGUACCGCGAGAUCCGGGAAGCGCUUAGACUCGAAGAAACAAACUCACAGAUGUCUUACACGGAUUACCUCAGGAGCCCUGGCAACCUCGGUAACGGCAUCGUUUCGUACUAUCUCAGUCCCAUCUUGUCCAGUCUCGGCGUCAAAGAUACCAACUCGCAGCUUAACAUUCUCAUUGGUCUGCAGGUCUGGAAUUUCUUUGCCUCCUCCUCGGCCGCGUUCGGAGUGGACAAGUUCGGCCGCCUUAUCCCAUUCCUGUUUCUAUAUAAUGGAGCCUACGAUAAUGCUUGGACAACAUUAUCAUACUCGUAUCCGGUCGAAAUCCUCACCUUUUCUAUGAGGACUAAAGGCCAGGCUAUUUUCGUCUUCCUCCAGACUUUAGGCAUGUCUGUGAAUACCUGGGUCAAUCCAAUCGCUCUUGACGCCAUCCAGUGGAAAUAUUAUGGCGUAUACAUCGCUAUCCUCGUUGUUGUACUUGUCAUCAUCUACUACUUCUUUCCUGAAACCAAGAAUAUGACUAUCGAAGAAAUCGCCAUUCUCUUCGAUGGCGACCGAGCUGCCGGAAUUGCUAACAUCGCAGGUGGAGAACAGGAAGAAAGCAACAGGAUCCAGGAUGAAAAGGUCGGUCGUGACGUUGAACAGAUCUCAGUCGCUACCGCGUGAUAUGCUACGAGUAAUGAC